AUGCUGAGUUACAUAAGAACAACUUACAAGAUCAAUCUUAAUACAGUUAGAAGUAUAUCUUCCAGCCGCAGCCCUUUACCAGGUUCCCGUUCACUACGACGUUCUUUGUUGCCUGGAAAGUCAUCGUAUCCUGAGAGUUACAACAAACCUUUAGCAUAUAAAGUGUCCAAAUUCCUAAAACUCAAACCUGUAACAUCAAUAACAACAUCAGAGGCUUAUGAUUUACCGAAAGUUAUUGACUUGCUUAAUCAAAAGGGGUAUCAGCCUGUUAAUUUAAUACCUGAUGAGAUUGUCACCUUUAAAUACUUCCACGAUGGCCACCAGGGAGAUGUAAUGAUAAUUCGACAAAAUGGUACUGUAGUGGCUUGGGGAUUAGAUGAGUCUUCACAGAUGGAAAAUAUUCUUCCACUGGUUGAUGAAGCCAGAAUAAAUCCUUUAAAAGAGAAGCAGUACGAGAGUGAAGAUCUUGACUAUGUUGAACUGGACACCACUGAGAGUUGGACACAAUUGCAUGAUAUCACAAAUAGAGGCGAAGCGAAUGAAAGCUUUGUCGAAGGUGAUCUAAUUGUAAUUAAUAGUAUUUCUGCUAACCAUGGUAUGUUAGAUAAAGCAGCACUUUCUGGCGGCCUUUCACGCAGUACGAGGCUGUCAGUGCUAGAAGCUGCUUUAGAAUCACAUAUUGCAAAGACUAAGAAGUUUACUGAGUUACUAUCCAGUGGAAAGAAAUUGAAUUUUACUGAAAAUCAUAUCUUAGAAAGCACAGGAAGGUUGUUUCUCAUAAGAGGAAAUCUUAAUCUUUACUCAGAACUAAUUGAAACGCCUGAUCUGUAUUGGAGUGAACCUGAUUUGGAAAAGCUGUACGAAAAGAUUUCCAGGAACCUGGAUAUUCAGCCCAGAAUCACCAUCCUCAACAAGAAGUUAGACUACGCUACCGAUGAAUCACGGGCACUACUGUCGGUGUUGAAUGAAAAGAAAAGCACAAAGCUGGAAUGGAUCAUCAUUUGGUUAAUCAGUGUAGAAGUGUGUUUUGAGCUAUUCCACUUCUAUGAAAAGUACAAAACUAUAACUGAAGAUGAAGCCAAACAAGAAUCAUACAUAUAG